UCCGGCCCUCCACCCGCUCCCGCCCCGCGCGGAUCGGGUUCGCGAGCCAUGGAGGAGGAGGCAUCGCCCCCGGGGCUGGGCUGCAGCAAGCCGCACCUGGAGAAGCUGACCCUGGGCAUCACGCGCAUCCUAGAAUCUUCCCCAGGUGUGACAGAGGUGACCAUCAUAGAAAAGCCUCCUGCUGAACGUCAUAUGAUUUCUUCCUGGGAACAAAAGAAUAACUGUGUGAUGCCUGAAGAUGUGAAGAACUUUUACCUGAUGACCAAUGGCUUCCACAUGACAUGGAGUGUGAAGCUGGAUGAGCACAUCAUUCCACUGGGAAGCAUGGCAAUUAACAGCAUCUCAAAACUGACUCAACUCACCCAGUCUUCCAUGUAUUCACUUCCUAAUGCACCCACUCUGGCAGACCUGGAGGACGAUACACAUGAAGCCAGUGAUGAUCAGCCAGAGAAGCCUCACUUUGACUCUCGCAGUGUGAUAUUUGAGCUGGAUUCAUGCAAUGGCAGUGGGAAAGUUUGCCUUGUCUACAAAAGUGGGAAACCAGGCUCUUCUAGGCCUUUUUGAUGGAUCUAGUCCUCCGGUGGAUUUAAAUAAUCCAAGAGGAAGAACAUGAAUCCAGAGCAGAAGGUUCUAGAGCUCCCGGGACUCGCUGGCACACCCUGACUGCUCCUUGACAUUUGUGGACAGGGCUCUGGGUUCACCUCUGUCCCAGCAUGUCCGUCCUGCCACUGAGCUGGCAGGCAUUUCCGUGGGUGAAGAAAAAAGAGAGAGGUGGCAAGAGCUGGCCCUUUACACCACUUCCGAUGUUCCUCCCAUGUUACUGGGCAUUUUUCAAAUGUUCAUUUCAUUUCCAAAUGUUUAGUGAGGGACUCAGUUGCCACCGCCUCCUGGCUUUCAGGGCAGGCAAAGAAGCGGCAGAGAUGUCUGGGCACACAGUGUGAAGGCAGCUUUGCUCAAACAUGUCCUAGUUGAUCAGUUACUUGAUAGUGAUUAAAAACCAGCUCUGCCUUGGGGAAUUAUUAUUGGUUUUGCAAAGUUCUCAAAAACAUCAUCUUCAGUCUCUAACUCCCACUCCAUCUCCCCACCAAAAAAAAGAGAGAGGAAAAAAAUGCCCAGUGAUUUCCAAACCUAUCUUCACAUUAGAAUCGGGGGGAAGGAGAUGAGAAGAUCUUUUAAAUGUUCCAAAGUCCAGGCCACACUUCACACCAAUUAAACCACAAUCUCUGGUGGAGGGACAGAAAUAUCAGUAGUUCUUAAAGCAUCCAGGUGAGUCUGAUGUGUAGAUUGGGCUGGGAACCACCACCCUACCUUAUUCUCAUACUGCAGUGGCACUAUUAAAGAUGCUGAGCCCAAUAAAAGAGACCCUUUUUACUUAGCUGAAAGCAAGAAAUUAAUUGACCUUGCUUGCUGCUUCUGUGAACUUUUUGAUCCCUAAAACAAAAUUAAGAUUAGGUUUAUUCAAUCACUUCCUUCUAAAUAUGACCUUCCAUUCUAAAGCAACAACUCUGCAGAAUACCAAGGACCCUCAGGAGAACAUUGACAUAUUUGUUCACUAAACAGUGUGACAAAAAUGCAGCUUCCUUUUGUCUGUGCAUCAUUAUCUCAUGUCAUACAAAUAUUCCAAAUCUGCAUUCAGUGCCAAGCAAUAGGCGAACACUCUCACAAACUAUUAAACCAUAAGCGGAAUAUUGUACCUGUUAUUUAGAAGCAUAUGGAAAAUAUAAGGUGAUUAAACUCAACAGUCUAUAAUGUACAGACCCAACUCCCGCAAGUUCCAGGCUCUCCUGAGGUGUUCACAUCCAUCAUGUACUAUUUGACAAAUGUCUGCUUCAACAAGCUCCCUGUCUCCGUAAGUGGGGUUAGAGCAGAGAGGGGAACACAGGCACAGAGGCCUAUGGGGAAAAUAUAUCAUCUUUGGCUUUUUAAGCAAUGCUACUGCACAUUGUCUAUAAAUCACGUAUCCCCAGGUUCAGGAAUGCAGAGUCGCAGAGGCUAUUUUUAUUUUUUUGGAGACAAAGUCUCACUGUGUCACCAGCUGAAGUGCAGUGGUGUGAUCCUGCAACCUCCGACUCCCUGGUUUAAACAAUUGUCCUGUUUCAGGCUCCCGAGUGGCUGGGAUUACAGGGAUGCGCCACCACACCCAGCUAAUUUUUGUAUUUUUAGUAGAGAUGGGGUUUCACCAUGUUGGCCAGGAUGGUCUGGAUCUCCUGACCUCGUGAUCCACCUGCCUUGGCCUCCCAAAGUGCUGGGAUUACAGGCGUGAGCCAUCGCACCCGGCCUACAGAGGUUUUAAAAGUGGGACAAAGAUGGAAUUAGUGACCUGAUGAUUUUUCAACCCCUCGAAAUACCUGCUGCAAUGGUUUCCCUUUCCCUGUUCUCAGAGACAGAGGUUCCUCAUAGGGAACCAUGCGACUCCAAGCCAAGGGGCUUCUGUGGAGGGUAUGACCACCACCUGGGUCUCAGACCCCUCAGUAUUGCUCUACAGUUGCUGAGAGCCCCUCCUGGUGCCUUCCCAUCUGAUCUCAGCUGUUGAUGACCUGCGCUUGAAAAGCAUGCACAGUCAUGUGCCACAGAACAGUGAUUUGGUUCACUAUAGACCACAUAUAUGCCAGUGGUCCCAUAAGAUUAUAAUGGAGCUGAAAAAUUCCUAUCACCAGUGACACUGUAGCUGUCAUAAUGUCAUAGUGCACUGCAUUACUCACGUGUUUGUGGUGAUGCUGGUGUAAACAAUUUAUGCUGCCAGAUGUAUAAAAGUGCACGGUAAUGUCCCAGGCCUUCACAUUCACUCACCACUCACCUGCCCAGAGAAGCUUCCAGUCCUGCAAGCUCCAUUCAUAGUAAGUGCCCUAUAGAGGGGCACCUUUUAUCUUUGAUACUCUAUUUUUACUGUACCUUUUCUAUGUUUAGGUAUAUUUACAAACACAAAUACCGCUAUUACAACUGCCUGCAGUAUUCAGUCAGUAACAUGCUCUUAUGGAUUUGUGGCUUAGAAGCCACAAAUAUGAUAGACUGUAUCAUAUAGCCUAGGUACAUAAUAGGCUGUACCAUCUAGGUUUGUGUAAGUAUAGUCUAUAAUAUCUGCACAAUGAUGAAAUUGCCUAACAACACAUUUCUUAGAACAUAUCCCCAUCAUUAAGUGAUGCAUGACUAUACUAAGCAUGCGAUUGUGAGGCUCUCUGUACACAAAGCUUUACAUUUCCAUUUUGUUUUGGUGAUUUAGUAAAUUUUUUGAGAAAAUGAAUUUUGACAUAAGAGGCCAGUGAGUGAGUUGUGGAAUAGCUCAGAUUUGUAAACUGCUGCUCUCAUUUUUGCUUCCAUAUCACGAUGGGGCAAAACAAACCACACAGGUAAGGUGAUAGAUGUUAGGUUAACAACAGCUAACACGUCCUGUAACAAGGACUUAGGCCCAAUUAUAAAAGGAGUUUCAAAGAGCUCACUGUUGAUGUUACUCACUCUAUUAACAAAAUACAGCCCAAAGGAUCUGAAGGCCAUUCCAAGCAAGGGUGCUUCUGAGGACACUGAGAAUUUUUGCCGUUCUGAAGAGGCAAGCCUGUGGAACUGUUUAAGGUCCUGUUCCCAGGAGAAUAAAAGUUUCUCAUUAUGGCAUUAAACUCUAUUUAUUUAGUAUUUGAAACAUGGUGUACGUUUAUGUAUUUGUAUAAACAUUUGUUACAUCUAAAAUCCACAACUGGUAAACAAUCUGUGCUUUCUUUUGUGUACAAGUUUGGGGUUUACAUCUGGAUAUUUUGGUGUUGUGAAGACUCAGUCUGUGAAGCUGAUCAGAUUGCCUCAUAUUACCGUAAUAACUGUGACAGAAGUGAUUUGCUCCUUAAAGGGGCUGUUCCUUGCCCAGAAAAGGUGUCACACUUUUGAACUAAUAAACCGGGUGUCACAGAAUCAAGAGAAACACAGCUGACACGAUGGAGAAGGUAUGUGCAGGGGACUCCUGGAGAUCCAAGUCAAUGCGUAGCAGGCAACACAAGCCAUGGGGUGACACUGGGAAUUGAGCUCUCCCUUUUCAAACUGUCAGAUGUUAAUAUCAAGUCUCCCCAACCCCACCUGGAGGGGUUUCAUCCAGCAAGAGCUUGCCUUCUGCUCAGCACACUCCUGGGAGUAAUCCAUGAGUGUCACAGCUGCAACUCCGAGGUGCCAACCAAGCCCAGGGCUCUGGCUUCUUCUGGGGUCAGGCCGCUCUUCAGGGUUCUUCUCACUGCAGUGGUGGCGCAGGUCACACCCAAAGGGAUGAGAAGAAAAGGAAUUAUGAGCAGCAAGGCACAGGGCAGUCAAGACUCCAGUCCUCCCUUCUCCCCAGGGACUUCCAGAGAAGCCAGAGGGUUCACACUCUGCACCUUCCUGCUCUUGCUGAAGUGCCCUGCAGUCUGUCUGCCAGGGCAAAAGUUUGGGGCUACACAGGCUGGCCUAACAAUGCCACAGGUGCUGAUUUGGAGGGCCGAGAGGAGUGGUGCAGGUACUUAUAAAGAGGAGAGAAAGGAGGAGAGGCUCACCCUCAGGAGGCUUCUGAGAAGGGGGUGAACUGCAGAAGUGCAGAGGGCAGGAGAGACCUCAGCAUCUACCCAGUAUAAGGAGUGUAUCAGAGCUGGGAAGGUGAUUCCAGAGCAGGGGAAAAUGCAAGCUCCACUAAUACAAAUGAGGUGAGGCAACCAGUGCACAGCGAGGGGUUCCACAAGACCCAACAACCUCACAAAUCCAACGGAGGACCAACAAUAGCUGGGGACAUGCUCAAGACCCACAGAGCAAGUUCAUGAAGCCAGGGCAAGGGGCAACAGUGAGGACAAAUCUCUCCAUGAGUACUGUGGGUCUUAGCCUCAACUCACUAAAAGGCCUCUAGAGACAAUAGUUAAAAUAACCAGUGGCUCCUCGAGGAAUGGAGGCUAAGGAGCAAACUGCCAAACUUAUUCUGGGUGGAAUUGGUGGCUGUUUUCUAUGGAACACACAAGACUCAAGAAGGGCCAGUGACCACUCUCACUGGGGGGUUGCCGUUGGCAACUGGAGGGAUGCUCAUAUUUAACUGACUUAGAAUUGGCUUGUGUUUAGCUUGGCAUGAUGGUAUUCCCAUUGUUUAGUAUUUCAAUUUCAACAUCAAAAUAAAGGCUGGAUAAGGGUGAAUGAGGCGGUAGCUGCCUCACCCAAGACAAGUCUUCAUCUGAAAGGGUGGCUAAUUACAUUUUCCUUAAUUUACAAAUUGUAUUUGACCCACUGUGUAUUUCUUUAAAGGUCGCACAGAGUUUGGGGUAUUCAUUUUUCAGAAGAGAAACGUUAUGGAUCUGCCUUCACCCUAAAUCCCAAAUCAGCCAGAGUUCCUGAGAUGACCAGGGCAGGCUGUUGAUCAAAGUUCAGAGGAAGUAAGCUCACCUUAAUGUCUCCCCAUUUCCUUUGCCAACUCCCCUCAUCCACUCCCCAGAGGCCAGGGCCCACCUCAUGCAUCUGCAGGCCACACCCCGUGGUCUAUGCCUUCCCAUCAUCCCCUAAAUAAAAGCUCACUCAGCCUGUGGACAAAAGAUCUGAAAGACUUAUGUCCAUGGCAGAAUCAAUGGGGACUAAUAUCUAUUAUGAAAAUAAAGGGCUCCUUCUCUUCCAGGAAUCAGCACUUGGAACAGGGGUCAACAUCAUAUCCAUCAAUUGGUCAACCAACAAAUGAUUUAUUGAGAACCCAUUAUGUGCUCAGCAUUUAACUCAAAGAAUCAAAACACAGACAUCAAGUAUGGAUUUUUAGAGAGACAUGGGAUAUGUGGUGAGGGGUUCUCUCAAAUCGUGUUACUGCAACUACUGUAUUUCCAAGCCUAGCUUUGGGCCCCAAAGCCAUCUAUCUGUAGCUGUUCUUGCACUAGCUCCUCUUUUCCCCACCCCUGAUCCCUUGGCCUCCAGAAUGAAUGUCUGGCUCAACAAGACAAAAUGUUUGGCUCCUAAGUCUCAGCUGGAGGCAGAUUACAUUCAACUGAGCAAUAUAAUUUGUUCUAUGGGGCAGCAAUAAAAAUACUAGUUUGUAAUAACUUUUUACAUUCUUUAAAGACUCCUUAGAGUGUUUGUUAAAGAAAGAUAAUUUUAACAACAGUAAAUAAGAUAAAAUAUAUCUCUUGACAAGAAAGACCUCUUGCUGCAACUUCUUAACCAAGAUACAAAAUACUUCCUAAAGAAGUCCAUGCUGGCCAGGCACAGUGGCUCACACCUGUAAUCCCAGCACUUUGGGAGGCUGAGGCAGGUGGAUCACUUGAGGUCAGCAGCUUGAGACCAACAUGGUGAAACUCCAUCUCUACUAAAAAUACAAAAAUUAGCCAGACAUGGUGGCACACAUCUGUAGUCCCAGCUACUCGGGAGGCUGAAGCAGAGAAUUGCUUAAACCUGGAAGGCGGAGGUUGCGGUGAGCCAAGAUCGUGCCACUGCACUCCAGCCUCGGUGACAGAGCGAGGCCCCAUCUCAAAAAAAAAAAAAAAAAGAAGAAGUAGUAGUAGUUCAUGCUGCACUAGCUGGGCAUCUUAAAAUUUCACCAGCCACAGAAGGUGGUGUGGACAUCAGUCUAUGAAUCUUUGUCCAUUUAGGUAUAUAUUUUGGCUGAAUGACUACAGAAGACCCCACAGAUAUUUUACCCGUGAAGGUAUUUAAAGAUGCUUAACACUUCUGUUUGCACAUUUGCUUUAGUCCUGUAACUGCUCAGUUCAGUUGAUAUAAAUAUUAAUACUCGAAUAAGGGCCCUGUCACCUUACAGCUCAUGUAACAAUCUUUUCAUAGCUUCGGACAUUGGGCCAGCCUAUCUGGGACAGGCUCAGGGAACAGAACUAAAGGUACCUUUAUGGGCCUUGCUGCCUGACAGCACAGAGCCUGUGCCCUCUCCCUCGUGGGUCUACUCAUGGUUUGGAUAUUCCAGACCCCUUGGGAUGCAGGUUCACCCUCUGGUCUGGGCUCAUGUGUCCUCUGCUGUGAGGGAAAAGCCAACAUAGGCUUCAUUCCCUUAGCUUGCCAGAUGUAUCCCUGAAAAGCGAGUAUUCAUGGAAAAGUCUUCCCCAUUUAUGAAAUCCUACUUUCUGUGGACCUCCAUGGCAAUUUGAAAAAAAAUUCUCUUAGAUAUAUGUUAUCCCCUUGGUGUAAUGAAAAAUACCUGAGAAUCUGAACCCUUCCUUUGUUGGCCAAAGUUAAUUCACCUUACCACUUGAAAGACCACGUGAAAUGAAAGUAAUCAGCUAAAAUCAGUCUUACACCCAAUUCAAGUCACAUGCGACAAGGGCCCCUUUGGGUGUCUGGUCAACCGUCCGUCUGCUGGUCAGUUUCUUUGCCAUUCAUCAAACAUCAUGUGCGUGUGCACCCUGAGCCUCUGCGAUGGGAGCCUCUGGGGAGAAAGGCAGGGGCCUGACGGGGACACAGUGUGGGGAGAAACACCCAGGGCAGCCGAUGGGGUCCAGACAGGGAGCUGGCUCUCAGAAAGUUUCCAGAAAGCAAAAAAAAAAAGGCUGGGGACAUAAGAGAACAAAACAAGGGGGCCAGCAAACAGGUGCUGGCAGGGUAUGAAAUGGUACACAGCAAACUUCCGCAGCAGAAACAACUCUGCCACCCAGUAGAGAGGCUUCUCCAGCACUGUGGCAAGGUCGGCUGGCUGCAGUCUGAUGACACCUGGGCCUCUCCCCACUCCUCAUUUCCGCUUCCCACUCAAAUGCUCCAGCUGAAUCAAAGCUGCUCUCCAGCCUUUCCCAUGGGACGGCCUCCCCUCAAAGCUCAUAACAGAGAACAGACUGGAAAUGUUUAUCCCUGUCUGCCUCACAACUCUGCCAUAGAUGGCAUAGGUCACUCUGAAGGCACCAGCAGCCACGGUGCACCCCAGGCCCUGGUGACAGUUCUCACGGUGUCAAAGUGAUGGUGGAAGAAUCUGAUGUGGGGUGCCUCUGCUGCCAGCAUGCAGUACAGGACUGUCUGGGGACUCAGGAAAAACACCCAAGUUCUUUUUCUUCCUCCCUAGAAAUGAAAACAUUAAAAAUUCCCACAAAGGGCUCACAGGUGACUCUACUAAGAUGAGUCGCAUCCGAGAACAAUGGCGAUGGCAGCCACCAUUUACUGAGUGUUUACAUGGGUUGUUCCACUUAAUCUUUAUGGAAACACUAUGAGAUGGGAACUCUUGUUACAUCUUCAAUAAGCAAGCAAACCCGGACCAGAGAACCUGCUCACUGGCCCGAGGGCUCACACUAAGUGGUAGAGAAGGGUUUGAGCCGACUUUGGAUCACAGUCCACACUGGAAACAGCUGUGCCCUGCCGAUGCUUGGCAGGACAGUUCCUGACCAUCUUUCACAACAACAGGAAAUCGACCCAACUUUACUUUCAGGUGACAGAAAUCCAUCUGUGCACUUUCACCUUUGCAGCACUGACAGAUGUUAUUUCGGGUUUUUUUUGCACAUAAUUAUCAAAUGUAAUUUGGAAAUCGUUUUUUGGUUUUUUAAUCCCUAAGAUCCCAAAGAUUUUCUACCAGGUAUACUGGGAGCAAUGUGACUAGGAUUCUAGUUGACUAAUAUCAGAACUUCAAGGUGCCUUAAAUGUCCAUGUCUUGUGGCUGGGAGGUCCCUGGCUCGGCCACUGUUCAACACCAUCCAUUCACGCCCUCCUUGUUCUGAGUGGAAGUAAAAUGGCAGGGCCAGAUGUGCUCCCUGGGACUUCCUUUUUUUCCACAUAAAAUCCUGUCCAUUAUAUGCACAGGCUUCCCAAAUGGAAGUAUGUUCUACAAAAUGACUGACCAGUACUUUUCAAAAAUACCAAAGUCACAAAGUGUCCUCACAGAUUAGAGGAGACUAAGCAGACAUGAGGGCUAAAUGCAAUCUGGAAUCCUGGGUAGGAUCGUAGAGCAAAAAUAGGACCUUUGUGGAAAAACUGGUGAAAUCUGAAUAAAGCCUACAGUUUGGUUAAUGGUACUGUA